AUGGCCUCCAAAUCGAGAUAUCGCGAUGCUGACGAUGACCGGCGCGGUCUGAUACCCGCCCUUCUGUCCACAAUCAAAUCAAUCCUCCUCAAACCCAUCUCGCCCUUCAUCUCGCGCCCCGCCCUCCGCGCCUACUUGACCACGAUCCUUACCCUCGCCACCGCCUUCAUCCUCCUGCUCUACGCCAUCGCCGCCUACGUCCUCUUCUACUGGUCCUACAUCCCUCGCAUCGGCUUCGAGCGCACCAUCCACCUCCAAUUCGACAGCGUCUUCACCCUACAUACUCCCCACCGCACGUCGAACCCCUACCCCUACGGCACAGCGACUCUCGCACCGGAUGUGGUGAGUGCACAAGGAUAUGAUGUGUGGAUUGAAUUGGACAUGCCGCGCACGCGGGAGAAUGAAGAUGCGGGCAAUUUCAUGGUCGAGGUGAAUCUUUACGCUCAGUCGGACAGAGGAGAAGGCACGCCGACGAGCGGGAAUAUCAUCGCACCUCUGAGAGCAGAUAUUUCUGCGACGUCAGGCUCUAUGGACCCGAAUUUGAUACUGGCGACGUCUCGCCGACCUGCUAUCCUGCCAUACAGGUCGCCUUACGUGGACCUCAUCCACAAGCUCACCGAACUCCCCUGGUACAUACUAGGCUUCCGCUCUGAAGAGAACACCCUCAAGCUCCCCAUCUUCGAAAGCAUCUCCUUCGCCAAAGGCCCCAAAGCCGUCCCCAGCACUCUCCACCUCGAACUCCAAGCAUCCUCGCGUAUGCAAAUCUACAGAGCACGAACGCGGUUCCACGCGAGGUUCCGUGGUCUACGCUGGAUAAUGUACAACUGGCGCAUCUUAUCUGCCAUUUUCUUCAUCAGUGCCUUCUGGAUCACAGAGAUGGUCUUUGCUGGCUUGGCGUGGGUGGCCUUGGCUUUCUACUUCCGGGAGGUGAGGGAGCGGGAUCCAGACGUCAAGGCCGAGGAGGUACAUGAAGUGGCAGAGAAUGUCAAGCGGGAGAACUACGACGACGACGAGAUGAAAUUGUCGGAUACGGAAAGGCAAUUUCCUACGUUCAGCGGACAGCCGCCUCUGAAGUAUGAAAGCCCUUCAUCACCUCGGUUGAAGACGGAACCUGGACUGGAGGAGGGAGGCGCGAUGAUCAUCCCUGAAGCUGUGGCCAAAGCUGCUGAAGCAGACGACGAAGAAGAUGUCGACUUCUUCGAUUCCGGCAUUGGCACGAGUUUGGAUUCCGCGGGACCUGGUCGAAGGGACAGCAUGCGCAGACGGCGAGGCCGCAUAGGGAGCAGCAGCCGCAGAGAUGACGACGAGAGGCUGUGA